AUGUGGUUGUCCCUCAUCAUGAUCAAGAAACUAGCCCUGCUAGGCCUAGGUGUCAACAACGACAACGACGUCAAACGCAACUAUGGCUAUGGCUACGGCUUCCCAGCUAUCACCGAGACGGAGACCGUAACUCUCUAUGACCUAUGCUCUAACACAGUCAGCUACACGACAGACGUUAGCACAGAGACGUACGUCAAAAUGUACACAGAGACAUACACGGAAACUGAGACUCAGACGAUCAGUGUCACCAUCAGAGACUCUUUCAGCUGCACGCCCUGCACGUCCGAGAAAUAUCCCAUGAGCACGACCAGUGCCACAACCGGCAUCUUCACCAUCACCAGCUCGUCCUCUUCAGGUCCGGCCUCGUCCCACUUCACCUGGUCUGAGUCGACGGAUGCUGUCUCCGGCCCAAGCGGCGUGUCCGGCACGAGCAUCUGGAGCAGUAGAAUCGCUAGUAGCAGCAUUUCAUCCAAAACCGGCUACAAUGUCUCCUUCCCCACGGCGUCCUAUUCGACUACGCCGUACUCGCGUCCCUUCAACACUACUUUUUCCACGCUGCUCACCAGCGCCUCGUCGACUACUGCCAUUUCCGGCCCGAGCUCUGCUAGCAGUUACACAUCUGUCGUGUAUUCUCAGUCGCCGGACUCGUCGUUGGGCGCAUCAACUGCUACAGUAACCGGUCCGAGCAGGAGCGGAAGCAGCAGUAGCAGUGUCGACUCAACCACCUACCUGACUGUCGAAUCCUCAAUGACAGUCACCAUCACCAAGUCGCUCCAGACAUCGACGAACAGCCUGUCUACCUCUAGAGAUCGCACAGGUUCUGGCUCCCAGACUGGGUCGCUCCCCAGUCUCAGUCUCAGCGCCAGCACCAGCCUCAGUACAAGCACCAGAGUUGACGCUGUUUCUGGAGCCAGCUCUUCCUACGGCGGUAUGACCUACACAAUCCUGUCGACUGCAUCCUCGUGGGCCUCCGUGUCUAGCAGCUUCGGUUUCGGCGACACUACGACGAGCACUUUAAGUUCCGUCGGCGCCACUACUAGCUCAGUGAGCGUUAUCCUGCCUAUCUCCAGCACCGGCAUACUACAGGAAUCUCCCACGCUGUCGUCACAAACUGUGCCACCCACAUCCUUCCCGGUUAGCUAUGGCGAUGGUGGCGACGGCGAGACCUCGACCACUGCAGAGGCCGUGACUGCCACCUCGUCCUCUAGCUUCACUUCUAAAGCCUCCGCCACCACGAGGGGCUGGCCAGGCGGUUACGAGUAUGGCGUGCCACCCGUAGAAACCACACUGGUAGAGAAGCACACAGAAACUGCGACUGGCGCCCAUUCCUACUGGGGCUGGGGCGGCGGUUCGAAUCAUGUUGAGAUUAAUAGACCCCAGCGUAAGGAAGGCGAGUUGUCGCGUGGUAACAACAAGAACAAUCGCAAUGGCGACAACCACGGGCCCGGCCAAGGUGGCCACGCCGUCUGGAAAGGCCGUUUCCAUAUGUAG